UUUGUAGUUCCAGUGUACAGAUUAGCUAGCCAGUGUAGUCCAGAGCAGCUCGGAGGCAGAGCCCCGGACGUGGAUGUAAAACAGACAACAACCAUCCACUUUAACGAGUUUAUGUGACUUUAUUUAUCCGUUUGAAGAGACUUGGACGGUUUGUUAUGUCGCUGCUAGCCGCCGAGCGGACGAUGCUAACCCCCUAGCCGCGUUAGCACGCUCAGCCGCCGCCUUGCUAAGUUGCUAACAACAUUAGCCGAGCUGGAUGCAUCCGUCCGAUUUAGGAGUGAGAUGAAUCCCUCUGCGCUCGGCCAGGCGGGCGCCCUCUUCCCAAACCUGGACCCCAUGGCCGGGCCGGCGGCGGCGGGGCCGGGGGGGUCCAGCGAGUCGGAGAUGGAGCUGCAGAAGAUGCUGAUCGACGAGAGGAUGAGGUGUGAGAACCACAAGACCAACUACCAGACCCUGAAGGCUGAACACGCCAGGCUGCAGGACGAGUUCAGCCGGUCGGAGGCGGACAUGAAGCGCCAGCUGAGCGCGGCUCAGACUCAGCAGGAGAGGCUGCAGCUGCAGGCGGCCAAACUGGGAGGAGAGCUGCUGGACAAAACCCGGGAGCUGGAGGAGGUCAGGCUGCAGGUGAUGACUCCUCAGCGGUUGGAGCUGCUCAGAGCUCAGGUGCAGCAGGAGCUGGAGGCUCCGGUCCGAGAGAGAUUCAACAAACUGGAGGAGGAGGCGGAGAAGUACCGGUCCGAGUACAACAAGCUGCGCUACGACUUCACCUUCCUCAAGUCCCAGUUUGACCACCAGAGAGACGAACACGCCCGCAUCCUGGAGGAGAGGAGGAUCUGCUACGAGGCCGAGGUCGCUCGUCUGGAGAAGGACAAGGAGGACCUGGUGGCUCAGUACCAGGGCUCGGACCCGUCCCGGGACGGCCGGCGGGUGGAGGCUCUGCUGAGGGAGAAGGCCCAGCUGCACCUGAGGCUGAAGGCCCUGGAGGCCGAGGCGGCCGAGCUGCGAGCCCAGAGGGAAAACAGCGGGCAGCAGGCCGACAGCGUGCAGCGCAUCCAGAGCCGCCAGCUGGCCCAGGCCCAGGCCGCCUGCAAGGGGCUGGAGGCGGAGCGUCAGUCUCUGCGUCUGAAGCUGGAGCGUCUGGAGCGCGAGCUGCACGGCGGCCACGAGCAGAACAGCCAGCUGAGCGCACAGCUGCACAAAGCCGAGAGGGAGGUCGACUCGCUCACCUGCCAGAUUGAAAGCCUGAAACAUUCCCACAAACGUGAGCUGGCCAACGUCAGACUGGAGGCUGCUCGCUCUAAAGGAGAGGCGGAGAGAGAGAGAGACACGCUGCAGGCACAGAUGGACGGGCUGCAGACGGACGUGGAGGUGCUGAAGGCGACGGUGGAGCGCCAGAAGGAGGCGCUGUCCGAGAGAGAGAGGGAGCUGGUCAGGAAGGUGCAGGCGGCCCGAGAGGACGAGCUCCGCAAAACAGCAGCUUUACACGAGGAGAAGUUGGAGCUGGAGAGCCGGCUGGCCGACGUCGAGCAGCAGAGGGCGCUGCAGGACACGGCGGGCCACGCCCAGAGGGAGGAGUGGGAGGAGCGUCUCCGUAGCGCCCAGCAGGGGGAGGAGUCAGCACGCAGGGAGCUGCAGAGCCUCAGGACCAAAGUGCAGCAUCAGGCCUCACAGCUGGAGGAGCUGGACCGGCAGAGAGCAGAGACGGCCGACCUCAAGCAGCAGCAGCAGGAUGCCGGCGUCCAGCUGGCGGCGCUCUCCCAGUCUGAGAGCGAGCUGCUGCAGGUGAACCAGCGCCUCCGAGAAACCGUGGAGCGAAUCCGAGAGGAGCUGAGGAGCAGCCGAGUCCAGGCCGAGAGGAGCCAGCACGACGCCGAGAGGCUGGUGGAGGAGCGGCGGGUGGAGUGGCUGGAGGAGAAGCACAAGCUGCAGCAGCGAGAGGCCGAGCUGCAGCAGAAGUACAGCCGAGCCAAAGAGAGGCUGCAGAGGGCGGCGCUCGCCCAGAAGAAGAGGAAGUCUCAGUCAGAGAACAAGGAGAAGCGUCAGCAGGAUAAGAUCCAGCUGCUGGAGGCCAAGAUAGCCGAGCUGGAGCUGGAGGCCAGCGCCGCCAGGAAACGUCCGUCCCACUCGGAGGAGCACGCUCAGCUCAGCCGGCGGCUCAAGGAGCUGCAGCGGCGACACAGCGAGUUUCGGCGACUCCUAUUGGGCGGCCAGGCUCCCUCCGCCGCUGGCUCCGCCUUCCUGACCUCGUCCCCCGCCCCCUUCCUCGUGCCGGGCUCUGAGGGAGCGCUGUCCGUCGUCCUGGUGAGCUCCUCGGAGGAGCAGCAGCAGAGGGAGCUGUCGUUGCUGCGGCGGCGGCUGCAGGACCUGGAGAGCAGCCAGCAGCAGCAGCUGGAGGAGCUGAGCGCCGCCGUGCAGCGAGACGCCGCCACGCCCCAGCCGGACCUCUGACCUCUGACCUCCGACCUCCAACCUGCCAAUCAAACCACUCACGGCGUCCGGCUCAAAAAUACAGACUUUAUUUAUCUGUGUAUUUACAAAGACACAGCACAGCGGCAGGCUCGGUUCACACUCCUCAGGGUUUGAAUCUGACGGUUCACAUGUUUACACAAACCCACACACGGCCUGCACGUCUUACCUUAACUGUGUGUGUGUGUGUGUGUGUGUGUGUGUGUGUGUGUGUGUGUGUGUGUGUGUGUGUGUGUGUGUGUGUGUGUGUGUGUGUGUGUGUGUGUGUGUGUGUGUGUGUGUGUGUGUGUGUGUGUGUGUGUGUGUGUGGUGUUGAGCUGUGAUCAUCAUCAGGCUGUCCUUGUUGUUUUUAUGAUUUAUACUUUGAUGCCUCCUGUUUUGUAUUUUAUUGUGUAAAGCACCUUGUCAACUUUGCUCUGAAAGGUGCCGUUUAAAUAAAAUCUUUAUUAUUACCAUGCA